AUUUGAGUUUUGUUUGAAUGGCCACGGGCGGAGUGGACAGGGAGUCGCAUUGUUUUUAAGUUUUAGCGAUGUAGAAAUGGCAGCUAACCAAAGCGCGUCGGGGUCGUCGGAUUCCGAAUCACCGUCCCUGUUCGACUCAUCGUCUCAACCAGCGCCCAACAGUCGCAGCUUUAACAGGAGUGUGAGAGUAGCGGAGAAAGAAAGAAGGAAGAACGAGGCGGAGGACCCGUUCGUUCUGGCCCUCAAGUUCUUCUCUGACGUGGAAGCAGGAACUCCAGCUUUUGGGAAUGAUAACUUGGAGAGGAACCUGGUGCUGGUGGAGAGGGUGGCCUACAGUAAAGGACUUUCCCCAGAAGCCAUCUCUGUUAUGCUGGAGUUUGCCAUGAGCCUCCGUAUGGGGACUAGUCCAUGUGUGCGGGUGCUGAAGUGUCUGGUUCCUGCCUCUGUGGUGCCACAGGAGGCUGUUGUCAGAGCGAUGGUUUGGCUGGGUGUCUGCAAAAUACCCGCCAGCACUCAAGUUCUUUUUAUAAAGUGGGUGUUGACCAUAUUUGACAUGAUUGAUGCAAAGGACCAGCUGCGGGCCAUCUAUGGGUUCAUCUUCAGCUUUGUCACGGAGGAAUAUCUGUGUCCUUUCGUCUGCCACCUGCUGUACCUUUUGACCAGAAAGGAAAGUGUACGACACUUCAGAGUACAGAAGCUGCUGGAGCUGCAGUCUAAGCUGGGAAGGCAGCCGUUCCUCUUGCACCUUCUGUCACUUUACAAAGUGUUUUGUCCUGAAUAUGUGACUCUCUCCAUUCCAUCACGAAUGAAGAGUGGAUUUAGGAACCACAAUUCUCCCUGGAAGUCGGCGUUGAUUGCUGUCCAGAGGAGGAAUGGCUCCCAGAUUGCCUCCAGCGCCAGUCUGCCUUCCACAAUUAAAGAUAAGACCAGCUCGCGGAAAAGGAAACACUAUCACCUGGAGUUGCCAGUUUUGUGCUCGCAAGUGAAUAAACAGGCUCAGACGGAGCCGUCGUUAGGCAGAAAGUUGGUCCCUCUGGUGCAGCUCAGCUCCUUUACACAACUCCUUGACCACAUGCACCGUAUAGAGCUGCCUGCUCAGAUGGGCUCACUGCUGGGUUCCAGUCUGGCACUACAGUACCUGGACUGCGUACAGGAUGAGUUUGCUCUCCUACGCCUUAACUUCUGGCUAGGCUACGCCCUCCACGAAGAAUUCCUGUUCUGUGGCGAUGGAAGAGCUUCGAAUUCCGAAGAAGCGCUCCAGUUUUUGGACAAGUUGCUGUCCACACAGCACUUUCUCCAGGAAUCAUUUUCCAGCACAGAAGUGUUCCUGUACAAGUUCCUCAGCGUUUGGGAUGGCUCCCUCCUCCGCCCACAGAUCCUCAGCCUGCUGAGCAACAUUCCUGUUGUCCCCAGCUCCCAAAUCGGGCGGCUCCUGUUUGAGCCCCUCAUGCAGCUCUUCUUCACAUCCUCGCUGUUUUUCAAGUGUGGACUGAUCGAGUGCCUCAACAGUAUGCUCCUGAAGUGGCUGGUCUGGCAUUCAGUGUACGCUCUGGAGGAUGACCUCGACAUCAGCCUCAACAGCCACACCUCUGUAAACAUGACCCUGUCUGGGUUCAAGGAUUCGGUGAUGGAGCUGGUUCACUUCGUGGGUCGCCUCGCCUCUGUGGGCCUUCAGCUGGAAGGCGGCCACUCCCUUCUCCUCAGCUUCAUCCUGGACUUCUAUGAGACGGGGUGUGAUACAUUUUUGAAGUACGGGCUCCCCCUCAUCGUGAUGUUCCCACCUGGCGUUUUUUUCCCAGCCCUGCUCUCCCCUGACCCUGUUAGCGUGGAUCGACUGGCCUACAUCAUGUACAGGUGCGGAAGUGAUAGUUUAAACGUCACCAGUGCAGAAGAUAGUCCAGUGGACAAGGACGUCGCAUCAUGGGUUCCAAUCCCACUGGAGGAUUUCAACUUCAUCAUCGACGACUCUGCGAUAACGGGAAGAAAAAGCUAG